CUCUUCAGUGGUUCGUCUUGCCACACCAGAGGAGCCGAUGCGGUCUUUCCAGACGACGGGUGCUCCUGCCACGGGAGGUAGCCGACUCUUUGGCAUGGUGGAAUCCGGAGAGGGUGGCCAGAGGAUCAGUCUUCAGGGAACCAGUGAGGACCGUUAUCACCACCGACGCCAGCCUGUCGGGAUGGGGAGCUCAUCUGGACCAACACCUGGCCCAGGGCAAGUGGAACCUAUCGGAAAUCGGCCACGGCAUCAACUUUUUGGAGCUGAGGGCCAUCCGUCUCGCUCUCUUGGCCUUCGAGACUCUCAUUCAGGACGGGGACGUCCUUGUCCUCACGGACAAUGUGACAGCGAAGGCGCAUAUAAACAGAUGGGGAGGUACUCACUCGCGCUCGUUGAUGACGGAAACACUCUCCCUCGGUCAGUGGGCCGAAUCCCACCUGCGGUCAAUAAGAGCGGAACAUAUUGCGGGGGCGGAAAAUUGCACAGCGGACUCCCUCAGCCGUCAGACUAUCGACCAGUCGGAAUGGUCCUUAUCCCCAGAGAAUUUCCAAGAGUUGAAAUCCAGGUUCGGGCUCCCGGUGGUGGACUUGUUCUCCUCCGAGACCAACAAUCAAGUGCCCCGAUUCUUUUCGAGGUUCCCUUCUCGGGGAGCGGAAGCAGUGGACGCCCUACGCAGCAGCUGGCCUCGGGGUCUCCUAUACGCAUUUCCACCGAUUCCGCUGAUCCCCAGAGUGAUCCGGAAGCUCCUAUCCGAGAAGUCAGAAUUAAUAUUGGUCGCCCCCUUCUGGCCCAGGAGACCCUGGUUUGCGGACCUGAUCAAUCUGUCAAUUCGAGAACCGUGGAGGAUCCCGGACAACCAGGUGUCCCUCUGCCAGGGACCAGUUCGGCAUCCCGACCCGCAAUGGUUACGCCUAGCCGUGUGGAGGUUGAGCGGUGCGUCUUAGCUACAGCAAGGGUUCCGAAUCAGGUCAUUCCUACCAUGCUAGCUUCUCGCCGUGACUCUACCAAACGAAUUUACGAGGCCACGUGGCGCACAUUCGAAAAGUGGUGCACAUCUCACAGUAUAGGGGCCACCUCGGCUUCCGUCUUGGACAUUCUGGCCUUUCUGCAGCGAGGUCUCGAUUCAGGACUGGCGACGAACACACUCAAGAGACAGGUGGCGGCUAUUUCGUCAGUCCUGAGGUGCGGUUCACUCAUUUCCCUUUCAAAGGAGCCUCUCAUUCAACAAUUCUUCCGGGGCGCCAGCAAUGUCAACCCGCCGGUCGUACAUCGCUUUCCAUCUUGGCGAUUGAACGCGGUGCUCAAUGCUCUGACCAAGACACCGUUUGAACCACUUAGAGAUUCCUCUCUCCGGUUUCUGUCGCUGAAGGUUUCCUUUCUGAUAGCCAUCACAUCGGCCCGCAGAAUUUCGGAAUUAUCAGCCUUGUCAAUUCGUCAAGACCUCUGCACUUUCUUUAAUCAUAGAGUGGUGCUACGUCUAGACCCUACCUUCAUUCCGAAGGUUAACAGUCAAUUCCAUAGAGCACAAGACAUCGUACUGCCUAAUUUCUGCCCAAAUCCCAGACACCAUUUGGAAAAGGUGUGGCACACUCUAGACGUUCGGAGAGCAUUGAAGAUUUACAUUGAUCGGACAUCGACCUUCCGCAAAACAGAAGCCCUCUUUGUUUCAUUCCAACCACUUACUCUGGGUCAGAAGGUGACAAAAUCAAUUCUGGCUAGGUGGAUCAGAGCGACAAUAGCCACAGCAUAUGAGAGUCAGUCUCUUCCGGUGCCGCGUAAUACUACAGCACACUCUACCAGGAGUGCAGCUUCUUCUGCCGCUUGGGGGGCCCAGGCUUCGAUCGAUGAGAUCUGCAGAGCAGCAACGUGGUCCACUCCUUCUUCGUUCAUUCGACACUACCGAGUAGACUCCUACGCGUCGGCGGACGCAGCGUUUGGCAGACGAGUUCUACAGACGGUUUUUUCGCAACAACAAUGACUAGCCGCCUUCGACCCUCCCGUUCAACACGACGACCUGCAGUUGGAUCCUCGCCGAAAAAGCUGGAAAGGAAAAGGAGUAGGCGGGGACCACAAACGAAUAAUUUUAAGACUCGGUCCAAUCAGCAUCGAGGAGAUUAACCCAGUCCUGACGG